AUGACUAUCAGAACAUUGGUACAGAAACAGUCUACCAACACUAGUGCUGUAGUUUAUCAUAUACAGAUAGUUUCAGUAGGAGUGGUUUUUACGUACCAGACUGCUAUUGGAAUAGAAACUAUAACUUUACCUGAGGUUAUACCCGCCAAAACAUGGACUCAUAUUGCAAUACAGGCCUACAAGACCAUUGUGAGUUUUUACAUUAAUGGUGUUGGCCCUGGUUAUUCAGCUACUUACACUACUGAAGUGACUGGUCCCUUACUUGAUGAAACUGGUACCUUGAGGGUAGGACAGGAUCAUUCAGGAAAUGGACAGUUCUUAGGACGAAUUCAAGAUUUCUUUGUUUAUUCUACCACUUUGUCUAAUAGGGAAAUACAAGAAAUUUACACAGGAUUUUUACCUCAUUUGAGAGUUCAGACAAAUUGUCGUUGUCCAGUCACACAUCCAAGAGUGAGACCAGAUAAGACACAUUACUGUAUUCCUAAUAAUGUUAUUGACAAUAGCGGUGAUGUAAUUUUACGGCUGAACGAUGAGGCACAUUUCCUGGAGUAUAUAAAUGACGGAGACAGUAAUAGUGUAUGGUUAUCAAAGUUCCAGAAUAAAGUAGAAAUAUCCAUAGAUCUAGGAGAUAUCUUUCAGGUAUUCUAUGUAGUGCUCCAGUUUUAUAGUCCCUUCUCUAAAGCUGUUGCUAUAGAAAGGAAACAUAAUUAUUCGUCAGACUGGACCACAUGGCAAAAUUAUGCCGAUGACUGUCAACAUUACUUUAGUCAACCAAACAAUGGACCUCUGCUCACAUCUUCAUCAGUAAACUGCUUACAGUUUGUUCAGUAAGUUGAUAACUCAUUUUAUAUUUCAAAAGCUAUAACAUUCAAGAUACUAUCUCCAGAGCCUGUUACUAGACCAGCUUAUAACCAGUUCUAUGAGACACCAGAACUCCAAGACUUUGUCAAGGCUUCAAUCAUAAAGAUAACUCUAGAAGAUCAUUAUCAUUCCAAUCACUUCAGACAUGAAUAUUUUGGCAUGUCAGAAAUCACUGUCAGUGGCAGGUGUGACUGCAACGGACAUGCAAAUGAUUGUGACACCAGUGGGAUGCCAUACACAUGUAAUUGUACUAUUGAUAGUCAUACAGAAGGAAGCAAGUGUGAAAGAUGUCAUCCUUUAUACAAUAAUAAAGGAUACAAAUUGGGCGACCAGAUCAAUAGUUUUAACUGUAAACCAUGUGAAUGUCAUGGUCAUGCUGAUGUCUGUGUAUAUGAUGUUGACCUUGACCUUUUCCCUGACAACCAUGACCUUGGUGGAGGUGGUGUGUGUCAGAAUUGUAAGCACAACACCACAGGACAGUUCUGUGACAUUUGUGUGACCUACUUCUUUAGACCUGUGGGAAAGAGUAAAUAUGACAAAGAUGUCUGCUCUCAAUGUGACUGUUUGGUGGCUGGAGUGAAUAAUGUGAAUCUGGACUGUAAAAAGGAUGGAGGACAGUGUAAUUGCAAGAGUUAUGUGGAAAGCAGGCAGUGUGACACAUGUAAACCAGGAUAUUAUAAUCUCCAAGCAACCAAUCCAGAUGGAUGUGACAAUUGUAGCUGUGUUACCAUGGGAACACAACAAGGAGAUGUUACUUGUCAUCCAACCACUGGUGUCUGUAACUGUAAAAAUAAUGUUAGAAAUGACAAAUGCGAUGCUUGUAAAUAUGGUUACUACAACUUAUCCAAUGAAAAUCCCUUUGGUUGUACCCCUUGUGACUGUAACCCCAUGGGAGCAACCUCACAGUUCUGUGAUCCAUUUACUGGACAAUGUCCUUGUGAAGACAGAGUUGUAGGAAGGAAAUGUGACGUCUGUGCCUCUGGGUAUUAUGACUUUUUCAAUAACUGCGUUCCAUGUAAGUGUGAUGUUCAAGGUACUAUUCCCGGUUCUAUUUGUAAUGCUGUUACUGGACAGUGUGUUUGUAAAACCAAUGUACAGGGUUUAGCGUGUAAUGAAUGUGCCGAUGGAAGUUUUGCCUUUGGUGCAUCAACAGACAAGGGUUGCAAUGACUGCACAUGUGAUUUAGCUGGAACUAUUAAUAGUACAUCUAGCUGUGACAAAGUUAGUGGUAAUUGUCAUUGUAAGGAGAAUGUUGAAGAUAUGUCAUGUAAUCAAUGUAAAGGAAACACAUUUGGAUUGAAUAUUACUGAUCCUGAAGGAUGUCAGUCUUGUAAAUGUGAUCCAACAGGGACACAGAACGGAGAUAUGUCACCAGAUAACCUGGCCUGUGAUCAGAAUACAGGGCAGUGUACCUGUCUGGCUAAAAGAUUUGGGAGAACUUGUGAUGACUGUGAACAGGAUUAUUAUAUCAAUCCAACUCCUGGAGGAGGAUGUAACCCUUGUGGCUGUGACAGCAGGGGAACUCUUCCUCUUACACACUGUGACUCUAUGACAGGACAAUGCUAUUGUAAACAGCAGGGGUCAGGGGUCACUGGUAGAGCAUGCAAUGAAUGUUUUGAAAAGUUUUACAACUUCAAUAGUAAAAUUGGAAAUUGCAGUAGAUGUGAUUGCUAUGAACCAGGCAGCAAGUCAGAAUUUUGUGACCUUGUAUCAGGACAAUGUGAAUGUAAAGAUUUCGUGACUAGCAGAAGAUGUGACACUUGUGUGACUGGUAGUAGCCAUCUAAAUGCUGAUAAUCCAUAUGGUUGUAGUAAGAUACCAGCCCAGCAGCCCCCACCACUUCACACUCAGCUGAGUUCUGAAGCCUUACAUUUGUACUGGUAUGAACCAGAUUAUACAAAUGGUAUCAUUAAUUCAUACAGACUAUUUAGAAAUGGUACACUGGUCUUUGUUGGUAAUGGUUCAGAAAUGGAAUUCAAUGACACAGGCCUUUUAGCCUACACAAAGUAUACUUAUGUGAUAGAAGCAACAAAUGACUUUGGCAGUAUCUAUAGUCCAGCAGUAACAUUUCAAACCUUGCCAGGAACUCCAGUAGGACUAGUUCUGAUUAAUAUCAUGUCUGUUACAUCAAAUACAGCUACCUUGUCAUGGAAUCAACCAGUCAACAUAAACGGCCCUUUGUUGAGCUAUUCCAUCCAGUCUGAGACCCUGGGUAGUAACAAUAGAACAGUCCACUGGACAGGAAUGACUAAGUCAGCAGAGAUAAUUGAUCUGGUUCCGUUUACAAACUAUACAGUAUUUGUUGUUACUUGUACACCUGGUGGCUGUCAUGAGAGUUGGCCCACUUCGUUCUUUACUAAAUCUGCACCACCCUCUGGAAUGGCUGCACCCUUAAUUGACAUCGUCAGUUAUUCAGAGUUAAACAUAUCCUGGGUACCACCUAAGUAUUCAAAUGGUAUGAUAAUUUAUUAUGAGCUAUGGAUGAGAGGGGAGAAGAAACCAGAUGGAAAUUAUGACCCUAUACCAAAUAGAAUAUUUCAUCCUGGGGGACAGUACAAUCCUAGGCCUACCUUAUCUCCUCAGGAAAAUACUUUACCUCCACCAGAUACUGGUUAUAUCAUGUCAGGGCUGGAACCAUUUACAUGGUAUGAGUUUCAGGUUUUAGCCGAAAACAACAAAGGGAAGACAGCUAGUCCAUGGAUAGGAUCUAAGACUGGAGAAGCAGUACCUUUAGAGAUGUCUACACCAAAAGUUCUACCCCACAGUAGUACUGCUGUGACUAUCAGUUGGACAGCACCAUCUGAAAAUGACGCAAGGGGAACGAUCCAGUCUUAUGGUGUCUUUUUCUAUGAACCAACCAAUGAAACUGCCUUUCCUUUUGCACCACCAUUCAUAUGGAAGCUGCUAGUAACAACUGAUCCUAACAUCACUACACACACACUACAUCAACUGGAACCUUACACAAACUACACAUUCAAGAUACAAGUGUGUAACAAUGUUGGAUGCAUCAACAGUACAGAAAGCCAUGGGUUAACAUUACAAGCCAUUCCAGAAGGAUUUUCCAAGCCACAUAUUGAUAGUUUGAGUUCUACUGUAAUUAGAAUAACCUGGUCACCACCACUGUUAUUAAAUGGUCCACAACCUGUUUACUCUGUACAGAAAACAGAAACAUCACUUAGUUUCCCAGCAAAUGUUAUACAGGGAACCAGAUUUCCAGGAGGUGGAUAUUAUAAAUUUCCAGCAUCUAUUAUUCCUUUUGAUGUUGGAUUUACAGGAAUAAGAUUUUGGUUUAGAACAACAACGACUGAUUCUCUGUUAAUGUUUGCUGGUUCUGUAGGGAAUCAAGAUGAAUUUAUUGCUUUGCAGUUUAAAUCUGGUCGUCCUUGGUUUCUAUUUGACCCACAAGGUUGUUCAUCAUUUGUCACGCCAACAAAUGAUGAAGGAUUACCAUAUAAUGAUAAAGAGUGGCACUUUUUGGAGGCAAAGAGAGAGGGUAAAAUUGCCAGCAUUUCCAUUGAUGUCAGAUGGACAGGUGUCCGUGAAAACACAUGUGCAACAGGGACUAUAAUUGGGCCAACAUCAGGUCUCUAUAUUGGAGGUGUUCCUAAAAACUUUGUCAGGAGAGUAGGUGGUCCUGAUUCAAGGAAACAGGUUUUGGAGAAAAGUUUCCAAGGCUGUAUUAAAGAUGUUGAGAUUUUACAACAGCUAUACCCUGUAGAAGUAUGGAAGCCUUUAGAUUGGACAAAAGCUGCAACAUUUGAAUUAGCUUUUGCUAACUGGCAGGGUUGUCCAACUAAUUUGGACACAGGUGUACAUUUUAUGGGACAAGGAUUUCUAACUUUGCUGUGGAACAGAUUAGAAGUGAAAGACAUAAUUGGUCUCCAUUUUACCCUGAGGACUGACAUGAAAACUGGACUGUUGUUCUUUACUUAUGGUGGACCAGGCAUUUACUUUUAUUUAGGAAUGAUAAAUGGUGCACUACAUAUGCAGUUUUCUAAUAAUGUUGCAACAGGCAGUGUAACCUUCAGUCGUUCAGACAUUUCUUUGUGUGAUGGUUAUUGGCACACCAUUGCUGUAAAGAAGACAAACCAGGAAGCAGAGAUUACAAUCAACUCAAUUACUGUGUCUAGUGGAGAUUCAAGUUUUCCUCUCAAGGUUGAAACUGUUUCCCCUGUUUUCAUUGGUGGAAUACCUGACAACUCUGAGGCUACUCAGUUUGUCAAAGAUAAUGGGCUUACAUUGCCAUUUGUAGGGUUUGGUGGAUGUCUAAGAGAUGUAAGAGUUCAGAACUACAUUCCAUUUUAUUAUGCUGUCUAUUUAAAUUUUGUGGUCAGUGCUGUGACAAUAUCAAAUGUCAAUUUAGAUGGCUGUUCUCCAUUUCAAAUACCUUACAGAACUUGCAGGAAAGACAUCUUAGACUAUAUAUACAAUGGAACAGAGUAUUUUUAUGAGGAUAAAAACUUAACUCCAUAUUCAGAUUACUUGUACAGAGUGUUUGCCAAUAAUCAAGCUGGGCAUGGCAUUGGUCCUUGGUCUUAUGGCAGAACUUUAGAAGGAGCUCCUAUAGGUUUAUCAGCACCCUAUGAUGUAGUAGUUGUUACAGGUUAUGUGAUCACAGCAAAGUGGACGCAGCCGGAUCUUAUAUCAGGUCUCCUCCAAAAGUAUGUUUUACGUGCUCAUAACCUUGAACAUCCUGACAUUCCACCUGUGGAAACUGAAUAUGACGAUAAAAUCUUUCAAGGCCAGAUAAAUAAUGCCAUACCCAAUACAAACUACAGUGUAAAGAUAAUGGCUUGUACAGGUGGAGGCUGUACUGAGAGCACUGAUGGUGUCAUAGUCUUUACUAACCAGGAAGCACCAGAAGAUGUUCCUGCUCCCACAGCGUUACCUGACAUUGAUUCUAUGACUGUGAUAUGGGAGGAUCCAGGGAAACCGAAUGGCCUGAUUACAGGGUACUUCCUGUAUAAAGACGCUGAACUCAUCUAUACCGGGGGUGAGAGAAUGUUUAAUAUCUCAGACCUACAGGUCUAUACAUCUUACCAGUUUUAUAUAAGAGCCUGUACUAUUGUGGGAUGUACAAACAGCCCAGUAGCAGCUCUCAGUACUUCCCAGUUACCACCAUCAUUCAUGAAAACACCUCAACUUACAGUUUUAGGUACAACUGAAAUAGAAGUUAGAUGGGAAGAGCCACAACAACUCAAUGGUGUUUUAGAGAGAUAUGUGAUAUAUGUGUCACAGUUUCCUGUCAGAAAUGGUCAUGUUGUGUACAAUAAUUCAGAUUUCUUCACUGACUUUAUCAUAUCUGAAUUAUUACCAGGCACUGUUUAUUACAUUACAGUAGCAGCUUGUACUGGAGGAGGCUGUACACAGAGUUCCCAGAGUACUGUGAGAACAGAAGAAAGCUCUCCAGAAGGAGUCGAGGAGCCCACAAUUAUCUCCUUUUCAUACUCAGAACUGAAUGUGUCAUGGAUCAGACCACUAAGACCAAAUGUAUUUUAUUUAUUUUCAGGUCACAUUACAGCAUACUUUCUUUAUCAUAAUGAAGUACUAAUUUACCAAGGUCUACUGUUUAGUCAACUUCUAUCAGGAUUAGAACCAUUCAGUCUACAUACUUUCAGAGUAGUGGCUUGUACUGUAAAAGGUUGUGGGUCCAGUCGUUUGAUCAAUGGUAGAACUCUUGAGGCUCAACCUAAUGGAUUUGUUGUUAUGGAAGCUAAAAUUCAUGAUUCUAGGACCAUAAGUGUAAAAUGGACUCCUCCAGACACUCCAAAUGGAUUAAUCCAUUAUCGUAUCUUCUUGAAUGGAUUAUUUUACAAUGCUCCAGAUAAUUGGGACUACAGUACUAUAGAGAAUCGUAGAAGUGUAUACAAUAACACAGUAUCUAACCAGUGGGUACAGGUAUCACCUAUAAUACCUAUGUCUACCUAUAGUGUACAGGUGAAUGCCUCCAACACAGCAGGAUAUAUACUCAGUAAUACACUACAGUUAGAUAUGCCAGAAGGAUCACCUGAUGGUGUGGAACCACCUACUGUAAUAUCACAGACAUCCACCUCAGUCACAGCAACAUGGACCUCAGUUGGUAGACAGAAUGCUAGAGAUGCACCUGUUUAUAUUAUACAAUUUAGGGAUCGUAAUAACUCAACUAUUGUCAAAGACAUAUUUGGACCAACAACAUCUUACAUCUAUACCAAGCAACAGCUACAACCCUAUAUGGAAUAUGACUUCAGAAUAAAAGCUACCAACAGUCAAGGUUCUACUUAUUCUCCAUGGGUGAUGAUUGUAACUUUACAAGAUAAACCAAUUGGACUGGAUCCCCCAAUGAUAGUAGAUAUAGGAACCAGAUCUGUCAACUUGACAUGGCAGGCUCCCUUGAUAAGUAAUGGAUACAUAGCUGAAUAUAAGAUAUAUGUAAAUGGAAUACUUGGAAGAUCAGCUACAUUUGAUGAAAUGCCAGUUACAAUAGGAGACUUAGCGCCAUUUGAACUAUACAAUUUUAUUGUGGAGGCUUGUACAUCUGGAGGUUGUACAAACAGUAGUCUGUCUAAUAUUAUCAGGACUUUGUCUGACUUACCAGAAGAGUUGUCAAUGCCAACCUUGACCUCUCUGACCCCAACUUCAGUCCUUAUUACAUGGUCAGAACCUGUACAUCCAAAUGGUUUGAUAAGUGAAUACAUCAUUGAGCGCUAUUCACAUGAAAUGCUAUCAAAUCCUGUAAUCAUUACCCAAAUAUUGCCAUCAACAAACCUUGCAUAUGUGGAUGAAUCUGUUGAAUUGUCUCCCUUUACAACUUACAACUACAGAAUAAUGGUUAGAAAUGAUGCAGGGGCAACUUUCACACCAUGGUCAGCUGUUACUACAAUGUCAGCUAAACCAAGUGAAUUGUUGCCACCAGCAGUACAGAAAGUGAGUCCUACAUCAUUAGAAGUGACAUGGCAACCACCAAGAAAACCUAAUGGCAUACUGGAAUACUAUAUGAUCCGAUUACCUAAUCCUAGUGUUGAGAUCAGGAAUACAAGUUUACAGACUGUGAUGAUUGAGGAUCUGUUUCCAUACACACAGUAUUUUAUUACUCUUACAGCUUGUACAGAUGCAGGAUGCACCGAAAGUACAGUUGUUGUUGUAAGAACUGAUGCCACAGUACCUGAAGGACAGGACCCACCUCUCCCUAUAGUGGUAUCACAGACUAUUAUAUCUAUAGCCUGGUCUGCACCAAGCAGAGACAAUGGUCCAAAUAUACGAUAUGAACUCUCCAGGAUGAAACUCAGACAACCUUUAGAAGCUACCAACUUUAAUAUCUGGCAGAGUUUGUACCUAGGACCUUCAACAUUGUUUGAAGACACAGGCUUACCACUAUUUACAACUUUUGUAUACCGGGUAACAGUUUAUAAUGAUGUUGGACAGCUAACCAGUAAUAAUUCAAGGGAGGUAACCACAUAUGGAGGAUUUCCACGGAAAGCUGCAGAGGUGACCGUUUUUCCAGCAGAUCAUACAACAAUUGAAGUGAAAUGGUUAACUCCUGAUGUGAUUGAUUUACAAGGUUCAGUUAAAGAAUUUACAGUAAAGGCAUACAGUUAUCUUGGAAAUUUUACUCAGUAUCAUAGUGCUAAUGUGGACCACACCCAUUUACAAAACCUGACCCCCAUGACCAGAUAUAUAGUGUAUGUCACCAUUACCAUCCAUGGUGGUGCAAGUAUAACCAGUGAGCCACAGUCAACAGUUACCCUGGAUGGAGCUCCUGAGGGUGUGUCUAAGCCAGUGUUAACAGUACUGAGUCAUACUUCUAUCAGAGUAUCCUGGGUAGCACCUCUGAUACCUAAUGGUCAGAUAACAGGAUACUUUAUACAUAUUAUAAAAGACAGAAUAUCUACAGAGAUGACAGAAGCAGGAUCCUAUGUCAUUUAUGAUCUACGUCCAUACACUGUUUAUUCUGUAAAGAUGGAGGUUUGCACUGUAUUUGACUGUACAGAGAGUGAAACUGUAUUAGUAACCACAGUUGAGGCUCUACCCCAGGGUGUUCUUCAUCCAUUUGUGACCUCUGUGUCACCAACAGAAGUAGAUAUUAGCUGGAAACCUCCAGAGAAUGGGAAUGGUAUAAUACUGAAGUAUGAAUUGAUUAGACAGAGGAUGAAACCAUGUUCAGAAAUAGCACCACCUACCCUAAGUCCAGAAUUAACCAAGUGUACAUAUGUCAAGUGUAGUGUUUUUGAGAGUAUCUGUGGAACACAGUGUUAUACAGGAACAAAGGUUUGCUGCGAAGGAAAUUUGUAUAACAUAAAGACUGGUUAUGAUUGUUGUGGUACUAUGUAUAUACCCAAACCAACACAUGAUGCUGUCUGCUGCUCUGGAGUGUUCUAUCUAAAGAAAGAUCAAUACAAAUGCUGUAAAGAUAGGUAUACUGAAGUACUGCCAGGACAGGUGUGUUGUCCUGAUCUGUAUGAGAACAGAUUAUUGGUUGGUCAUGGGGAUAGCUGUUGUGGUUCUGUACCAUAUUCAUCUACAGGCUCACAAGUCUGUUGUCAUGACAAACUGUAUGAUGGAUUCCAAAGAAAAUGUUGUGGUGAAAAUUUGAUUGAUGAACUGGAAGUUUGUUGUGGUGAUAACAAGCAAGGUUCCUCCUAUACCUAUUCAGCAGGGUACCAGUGUUGUAAUACAGAAUAUGUUGAUAAUGCCACUUCACUAUGUUGUACAGCUGAUACUGGUCACCAAAAGGUUCACAUUUACCCUGAUGAAAGCAGUAAAGAUAAUGAUAAUGUGAAAUGUUGUGGACUAGAAAAGAUCUCUAAGACGUUAAGUUGCUGUAAUCAUGGUGCAUAUAAUCCUCAGACCCAUGUGUGUGCAGAUAUUUCACAGGAUCAAAAUGGAUGUGGAGUAGGUAACAUAUGUCCUAUAGCACAGUCAGCUACAGCAUACUGUGACAGAUGUGAUUUUCAGAAAACCACUGACAAAUGUGGUGCUGUCAUUGGUUACCAUGAUGAUAUCGAAUUACCUCCCUUGCCAGAUCCUACUAAAAACUGUGUUGUUGAUGAAGAAAUACUUUAUUCUGGAAUGGAUUUUAGUUAUACAGAUACUGAAUUACAGCCAUAUUCAAUGUACCAGUAUGCUGUGAGUGUAGUAAAUAGUGCAGGAGAGACUACUAGUCCAUUUACAUUCAUCAUAACACAGGAAGCCCCUCCAGAACAAGUGCUGCCACCUGCUACAAACACAGAUUCAUCACAACUAUAUGUUAUUGGAUUGUCUUGGGACAUACCUUUUAAACCAAAUGGUGAUAUUAUUAGAUUUGUCCUGACAAGAGAUGGUGUAGAGUUAUACCGUGGAAUGACUCAGCAGUAUACAGAUGAUGCAGCCAUCUUACCAUACCAGUCCUAUGUAUAUGUUUUGACAGCAUGUACUAAAGCAGGAUGUACAGAUAGUCCACAGGUAACAGUCGCCACAGCAGAAGGGCAGCCAGAAGGUGUAGAAUCAGUGUUGGCAUCAGAUGUGACCUCCACAGCAAUGAGGUUAAUAUGGUCUCCACCAAUUAAACCAAAUGGCAUUGUCAAAAGCUAUACAUUAUUUGUAUUCUCUGAUGGAACUUUUAAAUCAUACCAAACAUUGAUGUUUAAACAGACUUUGACAGGAUUGAAACCCUAUACAGAUUAUAGCAUUUUAUUACAAGUGUGUACCAAUGGAGGAUGUACUAAUAGUUCUAAUAUUAUAGUCAAAACUCUGGCCGAUUUACCUGUUGGUGUUGAUCCUCCUAGGGUUGUUUUCCUCUCAUCAACAUCAAUAUUGCUGUUUUGGAAUUCACCAACUCAACCUAACGGAGAAAUCUUAUUCUUCUCAAUAAUGCGUCUCUGGUCUAAAGGUUUAGGCUACUUAUUUAUGGGUAUGAAACUGGAGACAGUGGAAAAUGGUUUGACCCAAGGAGAAACAUACAAGUAUUAUCUGAUCACAGGGACAAAUGCUGGAAAUACAAGCAGUACUCCAUUAUCUGUGACGAUGCCAGAUCAAUCAUUACCCUACAUACCAGAACCAAAAAACUUAACGGUUUUAAGUGCAACUGAAAUCUACGUAGAAUGGUAUAUGGUGGAUUUUACAGGCGGAUUUAUUGAUCAGUACGGGGUUGUAUUAGAUGCUGGUAGAGAUAAUGAAAUAAAUAAAGGAGUUGGAAAUGAUUUAUCUGUUGUUAUUACAGGUCUGAAACCGUAUACUCAAUAUGAAGUUAGAGUGAAGGGUUGUGUCAAAGGAUUUAUAAACAGAUGUGGCCUUGGACAGCCAGAAUACAUUAGAACUUUAGAAUCUUUACCAGAAGCAAUGAAUGCACCAGUUGUUGUUCCAAAAGGACCAAAAUCAGUAACAGUUUCUUGGGAACCUCCACUAAAUCCUAAUGGAAAAAUAACACAAUAUAUGAUAUACUACCGUCAGCUUGGAUCUGAUAAUGAGCUAUUGAUAAAUCGUGUUCUUGGUGAAGUUACCACAGUUGAUCAUGCAGGCAAUGAUCUAAAACCAUAUACUCAGUAUCAGUACAAAGUUGUUGCCAGUAAUCUUAUUGGAGAUAUAGCAAGCCCAUGGUCUACUGUCAGAACAUUGGAAUCUGUACCGACUAAUCUUUUACAACCAUAUGUCAACUCAAGUGGCCCAUUUGCUUUUCAUAUUAUAUGGCAGCCUCCACAAUCACCAAAUGGUGUAAUUACUAUGUAUAGGAUAACUUUCAGAAAAAUUCUUACUGACCCUUCUGCCAUAUUGAUGACAAAGUCAGUGGCAGUUAAACCAAACGUUCUGAGUACAAGUGUAAGUGGACUUGAGCCAUUCUCUAACUAUGAGGUUCAACUCACAGCAUACAAUAGAUUGGGAAAUGUUUCUACAGUGCCUGUUAUUGUCCAAACUUGGCAGUCUUCACCGUCAGGAUUACCAAAAUUUUCUGUUGAAAAGAUUGAUACUGGGACAUCUGUAAUAUUAAGAUGGAACCCUCCUACCCUUCCAAAUGGUAUUAUAACAGAAUACAGAAUAUAUGAGGAUGGGUCUCCAAUUCCACUUUAUCAAGGUUUGAACAGGGAAUAUGAGUUUCGUCGUCUGCAGCCAUUUACUCAGUACUUUGUCAGUCUUGUGGCCUGUACAUUAUCUGGUUGUUCUGAGGGUAAUGCUCAUAGUAUAAUAACUGCUGAAAUACAACCUUCCAACCAGCCAAGUCCGACCAUUGGUUUCACUAAUUCUACAGUAGUCACCAUAACAUGGACAACACCAGUUAAUCCAAAUGGAAAAAUUAUCAUGUAUGAAGUUGUCAGACAAUUUAAGAUUGGAAAGAAAAGAAGUUUUUCUGAUCCAAUUAUAGUUUAUAAAACUAUGAAUACAAGUUUAGAUAGUUAUUCAUACACUGACACAGGACUUUUGCCAUUUACAGAAUUUUUAUACAGUGUUAAGGCAAGUAAUUCUAAAGGUUCUGUGGUCAGUAGCUGGCAAUCAGUAUUUACAUCUCAAGAGGCUCCAGAGGGAGUCCAUCCACCAACAGUGACCCACAUUACAGAUGAUAUACAUAGUCUUUUUGUACAAUGGACAUUUCCAGAAAAACCAAAUGGAAUUGUCAAGAGUUAUAAUAUACAAAGAAAUAAUACUAUUCCUCUGACUUUUACCACCAGUGAUCCAAUGGAAUACACAGACUUUAAUCUUGUGGCAUACACAUGGUACAGCUAUAAAGUAUCUGUUUGUACUGCAGGAGGAUGCACAGAUAGUUAUCCAACAGUUGUCCGUACACUGGAAUCAGCCCCGACACAAAUGGAGCCUCCAAGUAUUACUAUAUUAAGUUCAACGACACUGAACAUUUCAUGGACUGUUCCAUCCCUUUCAAAUGGUAUUGUAACCAAAUACCAAUUAUUUAUGGAUGAUUCAGAAAUUUAUAAUGGUGCCAUGUUAUCUUUUGUAAAAACUAAUCUAAUUCCAUAUCAGGAGUAUACUUUUCACCUGAGUGCCUGCACCAGUGGUGGAUGUACAGACAGUGGUAAGGUUAAAGGUCGACCAGAUGAUGAUGUUCCCAUGGAAAUGCCAUUACCAAUAUUAAGUGUUAUGAGUUCGAGGUCAAUAGAAAUAAUGUGGCAAACACCUACUUAUCCUAAUGGGAUUAUAAACUCAUAUGAUGUAAGAAGAGAUGAGAGAUUAGUUUAUACUGAAACUCUCUCUGUCUCUGGGAUUUUGAAAACCAGUUACAUAGAUUAUGAUCUCAUUCCUGGAACUUUAUAUACAUAUGUUGUCAUAGCAAGAAACAAUAAAGGAAGUGUUGAAAGCUUGUCUGUGUCUGCUAAAACAUAUUCUGCUUCACCAAGUGGGCUUUCCCCUCCAAACCUUCAACCUUUGACCUCUACAACAGUUCAAGCAACAUGGCAGCCACCUACUUUUCCAAAUGGACCAAUAGUAAAUUACACACUAUAUCAAUCAAACAAACUUGUGUUUUCUGGAUCUCCAACAGUUUUUACAUUUGUAGUUGCUGGACUAAACUUUUGGACAGAUUAUUCCUUUAGAAUUCAGGCUUGCACAGACAAGGGAUGUGAACUCAGUUCAGAAUCCACAGUCAGAACAUUGGAGUCCAGACCAGAGGAGCAAGGUUCACCAACAUUACUGCCACUAGCUGAUGUAAAUGGUGCUCAUUCUGGAGUCCAGAUAUCAUGGACUAGUCCAAUCAAACCUAAUGGAUAUAUAAUACAUUACGAACUGCAUAGAAGGAUGGUUACUCAAGAGGAAAUAGGUACCUCAUACAGUGGAUUGACAUUGGUGUACAAUGGAACCCAGUUACAAUAUGUAGAUACAGACAGUAGGAUCAAACCUUACACUGAGUACCAGUACAUGGUAAUAUCAGGAAACAGAGCUGGAAAGGCAGAAAGUUUCUGGCAGACAGUACUGACUAAAGAAUCAACACCAGAGUUUAUGUCACCUCCAAUAGUAGAUAGUAAAACAUCGACAACAAUAGCAGUUACAUUAACAGAACCAACAGUUAAAAAUGGUGUCAUCAGAAAAUAUAGUGUGAUUGUUAAUAAUACUGUGAUCAGUAGUAGCAUUGGUCUCCAUCACACUAUAGGACUAAAUGUUCCACUAAAACCCAACACACUAUACAGUAUGAAGGCAGAGGCUUGUACAGGUGGAGGGUGUAUAGUCAGUCAAGUUAUAGCAGUACAGACAACAAGUAGUAUACCAACAGGGAUGUCACCUGUCAGAGUGGACAGUACACAGGCUACCAGUUUACGACUUAGCUGGACUUAUCCUACAAAUCCAAAUGGAAAUAUUAUAAGAUUCAUACUGUAUCAGAGGAGAACCUGUCCACUUUUACCUCAGCCAAUACUUAAUGUUCCUUGUGUAAUUGGUGAGGUGAAUACUGUAUUUGACGGAUUGGCUAUACAAAGGGAAAUAAUUGGUCUGACACCAUACACAGCAUAUGAUUUCCAAAUCCAUGUAGAGAAUACUGCAGGGCUGGCUGAAGGUAUAGCCUGGGUCAGAGCAGAAACCAAAUCAUCUGCUCCAUUAUAUAUUGCCUACCCAAGGGUUAACAGAACAGGAACAGACCUGGUUAUUGAUUGGUCAGAAAGUUUUACAUUGAAUGGAAGACUUAUGGAGUAUAUCCUUGUUGGCAACAGUAGGGAGAUGUUUCUUGGCAUUUAUACUGUGUUUACUGUUAAGGAUAUACCCUUGGAUAAAAAUUCAGAAUUUACUUUAAGACUGGUAACAGAUUAUGGUUCUGUAGAAUCACCAGUAUUUAUGUAUGACCCUAUAAAUGCAGGCACAACAACAGUUCUGGGCAUUAUAUCAACACCAGAUAAUACAUUCUACACUGAAAUCUGGUUUAUUGUACUGGUGUCUCUGAUUGGUGCCCUGUUGAUCUUUACACUGCUAGCAUGCUGUCUCAGACAGAUUGGGGCUACCAGACCAUACAUCAGAGAAAGAAAUCCAUUAGAAUUAUCAAAGUAUCCAGCCACAUUUGAUCCAAAUGAGCAUGAUGACAGCUCUGAAUCAGCAUCAUCAGGGAGACCAUUUCACACCAAGUCAAGUAUAAGUUCAUAUGGAAAACAAAAAGAUGGAAUAACAAACUAUAGCUUUGAGAGUGGUUAUCAUGAGGAUAAUUCUAGUAAAAGUAGAUCUAGUUAUCUUGAUGACCAAUCUGGUAAAAUGAGAUUAUCAGAUUUAUUCAAAGAUGAUGUGGAUAAAGCAGUCUGGGAGGAUUAUCCUGAUAAUGGUCUGUUUCUGUAUGAUGAAGAUUCAGAUGAUAGUACCUUACCUGGAUAUCAGUUUGGUGAUACAGUGCUAUGACAUUUUAAUUGGAUUGUAAUUUAUGUUUUAUAACAGAGAAUUGUUUUGUAUCAUAUUUUGAAAUCAUUAUUAUUUGUAAAUUAUUUAUAUAUAUUUAUAUAUAUUUGUUUAUUUAUUUAUUUAUUUUGUAAAUGAAAAUAUAUAGUAUUA